CCCAGCUAUAAAUAUCAGAGGGGCCUCAGACCAAGACAGAAUUCGGGCACCAGGAGAAGACAAAGAGGCUGGGUGGGUAUUUCGUGACAAAGGCAAGACCCCAGGUCUACGUAGAGCGAGGCAGGUGAAGGAGGCAGCCAGGUGAACCCCCAUACCUCCUGACAAUAUGGAUUAUAAAUCAAGCCUGAUCCAGGAUGGGAACCCCAUGGAGAACCUGGAGAAGCAGCUGAUCUGUCCUAUCUGCCUGGAGAUGUUUACCAAGCCGGUGGUCAUCUUGCCUUGUCAGCACAACCUCUGCCGGAAAUGCGCCAAUGACAUCUUCCAGGCCGCAAAUCCCUUCUGGACCAACCGGGUUGGCUCCGUGUCCAUGUCUGGAGGCCGUUUCCGCUGCCCCUCCUGCCGUCACGAGGUGAUCAUGGAUCGUCACGGAGUGUACGGCCUGCAGAGGAAUCUGCUGGUGGAGAACAUCAUUGAUAUCUACAAGCAGGAGUGCUCCAGUCGGCCCCUGCAGAAGGGCAGCCACCCCAUGUGCAAGGAGCACGAAGACGAGAAAAUCAACAUCUACUGCCUCACGUGUGAGAUGCCCACGUGCUCCAUGUGCAAGGUGUUUGGGGCUCACCAGGCCUGUGAGGUGGCCCCGCUGCAGAGCGUCUUCCAGGGACAGAAGACUGAGCUAAGUAACUGUAUCUCCAUGUUGGUGGCGGGGAAUGACCGUGUGCAGACCAUCAUCACUCAGCUGGAGGACUCCUGUCGAGUGACCAAGGAGAACAGUCACCAGGUGAAGGAAGAGCUGAGCCAGAAGUUUGAUGUACUGUAUGCCAUUCUGGACGAGAAGAAGAGUGAGCUGCUGCAGCGGAUCACGCGAGAGCAGGAGGAGAAGCUCAGCUUCAUCGAGGCCCUCAUCCUGCAGUACCGAGAACAACUGGACAAGUCCACUAAGCUGGUGGAGACGGCCAUCCAGUCCCUGGACGAGCCUGGCGGGGCCAUCUUCCUCAUGAGUGCUAAGCAACUCAUCAAAAGCAUUGUGGAAGCUUCCAAGGGUUGCCAGCUGGGGAAGACAGAACAGGGCUUUGAAAACAUGGACUACUUUACUUUGGACUUAGAGCACAUAGCAGACGCCCUGAGGGCCAUCGACUUUGGGACAGUUGAGGAAGAGGAAGAGUUCAUUGAAGAAGAAGAAGAUCAGGAAGAGGAAGAGUCCACAGAGAGAAAGGCAGAAGGUAAGAAAUUCAUCUACCUUCAUUCGUUUGACGACAGUAAGGAGCUGGAUGAGGGAGAGACCUUCUGA